AUGAGAUUCUGGGUUCAAUUAAAAUCUAAAAACAAGUCUAUUUUAAAAAAACAAAUUUGGCAAAAUAAUGGAUUUAAACCAAUUCCUGAAGAAAAUAUCGACGAAAGCUUUAGAAACGAAUUUAAAUUAUUGAAGCCUAGUGUCGAGGAUGUCAGGAAAAGGCUUUUAGAUGGUGAAGAGGUUUUGUUAUAUGAUUCGAUAACAAAAGAAUCUGGAUUUUGGUGGAAAUUAAACUUUUGGGGCUGGCAUGUUGUUGCCUUUUUUAUAAUUAUUGGACUUGGAAACACUGCAUUAAUGAUUUGGGAAAGACCAUUAGUAGAAAGUCAAGAUAUUCUGAAAAGCAAUAAUAAUGACGAUGGCGAUGAUGAAAAUAAUAACAAAAAUGAACGAGCGAAUAAAACGAGAGGACCUAACGUACCAUAUAAGUUUCUGAUUAUAGAUAGUAAAGAAAAGAAAAUUGCAAUGGUAUCAGCGAUCUUGGCCUUUGUUGCAUUUUCUUCGUAUAUUCUUCUUCAAGUCCCACGCAGUUUGUUAGAAAAAAAUUCAAUUGUAAGGAUUAGAACAGGUUCAAUGAAUCCCAUAAAAUACAGAACAAUUGAUUGCCCAGUUGAAAACGUAAAGAUUAGACAAAUUAUUGUGGGAAUCUCCCACUUUGAUAAAUUUAUACUUGAAUGA